AUGAAGUCGUUUCAGUCGAUCGGACUCGCCGGCGCUCUGCUGGUAACGGCGGCCUCUGCGCAGACCUUCCGGAGGUUGGGUGCUUGUCCUACCCUUGGAUGCGUUUUCCCGCCCGACCAGGCCGACUUUCUCGCCGGCCAAUACUUCGACAUCCGUCUUGAGGUCCACGCACCCAGGAACGGUUCGGAAGCCAUUGGAUUGCCACCUGACGAGAAGUUCACCUUUACUAUCGCCAAAGGCAAAGGGAAGCCCCAGGAUGUCACCAAGUUCUUUGGCAUUGAGGACCCUAAGCUGGAGAAAUGGGACUUUUCCUGGUAUGAGGACCUGUUUGCGAGGGACGCGAAGAAAAAGACCGUAGUCGAUGUGACAUCCAAGGCUUAUCGCAGAGUCGCUUUGUACGAGCCUGGAGAGUACACUGCUACCCUCAGCUACAACAAUGGCAGCACCACCAAGGCCACAUGGCUAGUGCGCGACCUGAAGGAGGUGCGCAAGACGAAGAAUAUUAUCCUGUUCAUCGGUGACGGCAUGACCACCAACAUGAUAUCGGCUGCCCGCCUCAUUGCCCACAAGAGCAUCAACGGCAAGUACCAGUCCUUGAUGGCCAUGGACAAGUUCCCCGUUCUUGGCCAUCAGAUGACACACUCCAUUGAUACGUUCAUCACCGACUCUGCCAACUCGGCUUCUGCACUCUACACUGGCCACAAGAGCACAGUCAACUGUAUGGGUGUCUACGCCGAUUCCAGCAAGAACCCCUUCGAUGAUCCCAAGGUCGAGACCAUCGCUGAGAUCUUCUAUCGUCUCACUGGCGGCCAAGUCGGCAUCGUCUCUACUGCUUUCAUCGCCGAUGCCACUCCCGGAGCUCUCACUGCCCACACGCGCGACCGCGGCCAGUACGGCCAUGUCGUUGACACGUUCCUCAACGGCGUUACGAACUACACCUGGACAAAAUGGGACGGGCCCGCGGUCCUCUUCGGUGGUGGCGCCGAGCAGUUCUACUCUCCCAAGCUAGGGGGCAAGACGUACCAGGACAAGGACUACUACGAGGAAUUCGCCAAAAAGGGCUACCAGGUCCUCUGGAACAAAACCGCGCUAGCAUCUGCGCCCAAUGACAAGAAAACCCUCGGCAUCUUCACCGUCUCCAACAUGGCCAAAUGGAUCGACAGGAACGUGUACAAGACGAACCUCAACCAGUCUCUCUCCCCCGCCGGCGACAAGACGCCCGCUCUGGACCAGCCCGGCCUCAAGGAAAUGACCCUCAAAGCCAUCGAUAUCCUGCAGGCGCGCUCCUCUGGCAAGGGCUUCUUCCUCAUGUCCGAAGCCGCCAGCAUCGACAAGAUGAUGCACGCGCUCGACUACGACCGCGCGCUCGGCGAGCUGCUCGAGCUCGACGACACCAUCAAGGCCACCAUCGCCAAGCUCAAGAAGAUGGACGCCCUCAAGGACACCCUCAUCCUCGUCACCGCCGACCACGGCCACGGCUUCGACGUCAUGGGCUCCGUCGACACGCACUACCUCGCCGCGCAGAACACGGACCGCAAGAAGCGCGACGCCAUCGGCACCUACGAGCAGUCCGGCCAGAGCCAGUACGUCGUGGGCAACCUCACCUACACCGACUCCAACUUCCCCUCCAACUGGGACCCGCGUUACACGCUCUUCCAAGGCCUCAUGGCCGACCCGGACCGCCGCGAGGACUGGCGCAUCCACAAGGACGGUCCUCGCACGCCCGUCGUCGAGACCGAAAAGGGCAGCAAGGACUACGUCGUCAAUCCCAAGGAUGGCCAGGACGGAAUCGUCAUCAAUGGCACGCUGCCUGUGGAUAACGAGUCCGGGGUCCACAGUCUGACGGAUGUGCCCGUCUUCGCUAUGGGCCCUUGCCAGGAGAGGUUCGGGGGCGUGUAUAAUAGUAUUGAUAUUUUCUUUGGGAUGGCCGAGUGUUUGGGUUUGUCGAGGGGGAAGAAGGAGCGGGAGGAUGCGCAUGGGCAUCGGGGGGAUCAUUAUUGA